AUGUCCUUAUCCUCAGCUUCCAUGGAGCCUCCUACCUCCUCCUUCUCCUCUGCUCUUGCUCUGCUAGAUAAUCUUCUCCGAGCUAUGGACGAAAAUAUAAGACGAUCGUCCAUGGAGAUCCCCUACGAGCUUGUCAUCUGCGCCUCAAUCUACUUGGAGCUCGUCACGCCAUGGCGAAGGAAGGCAGAAAUCUGCGAAAAUCUAGAAGCCUCGGCUCUCAGCAAGAGUUUGGUGGAAACGUUAGCAGAAGCCAACGAAGAAAUGCUCGCUGCAAUCGAGCUCGACACCCCCCGAGAUCACGUCGACUUCUUGGUCAGCCUGUGCUUCGCCUUCUGGAAGGGGUUGACGCGGGAGGCCAUGAAGAGAGAGCUUCAAGUGUUAGAGGCCAUCAGGAACCUCCCUGUCGUUCAGGCCCAGGAGCUUCCUCGGGAUCAGCUUGCCAUCACCUACUUCCAUGAAUGGUCUCUUAGCUCCUUCUCCGUCUCUCCAGCCCCCCCUUCGGGGCCCCACGACUCCAUCGCUCGUUCCGUCUCCUCCGUCUCCCCCGUCUCCCCCGUCCCCUCUGUCUCCUCUAUUUGUUCCCUCGUUCCUUCCAUCCGCCAUUUCAUCCUACUGCUAGUCGGUGUGCUGUGA